AUGAAUAAUCUUGUGAGUGAACAGGAGGUAACUGAGAGAGGUGUUUAUAAUGAGGUUGUUUCCCUCCUGGCACACAUGGAUGACCAAGAUAAGGACAGAAUUGCCCUCAGGAUUGCCUCUAUAGCUAAGACCAACCUGGCUAGUGUUGUGAGAGUUCUGCUGGAGAAAUUGCAACAGGAUAAGCAAAAGAGAGUAGCCAUUUACUAUAUCCUGGAGGAGGUAUUACAGCAGGACACCGGGGGCCUAGAGAUAAGGCUAGUGAAAAACAUUGUAAGCCUAGCCUCAGACCAGAUGAGAGAGACUCAGGAAGCAACAAAUGAAGUAAAAGUGGCAGCUAGCAACACGUUAGUGACUCUGCACGUAAGUGUAUCCCUUGUGAGAGUGACCCUGAACACCAUGUUCUCCAUGCUGGAGUUCGUCAAGGAUGGCAGGCUGAGACAAGCAUUUUGCGGUGUGUUCAUUCCCAAAGUGGGCCAAUUGCGACUCUGCAAUCAUUUUCUUCCCGUCUACACUCAUGUGACCAGCAACUGGCUGACCUGUGAGGAGCCGGAGCUCAAGCAGGCUAUCAUCAAAGCCCUUGGUCCCAUGAUGAGCCUCCUGCUACACAAAGAGGAGUAUCAAGAUCAGAUAUUUGAACACCUCUCAUGGCUCCUUGAGCAAUAUAAUGAAAACACUGAUGUUUUUCACGUCACCAAGAGUCUGAGCCAGCUCUUGGAGGUCUCUGGUGAAUAUAAGAUCCCUCUCCCUGACGGGAAGUUUCAAGCCAUCUGCAGUGCUCUGCAUAACCAGAUCUGUUCUCAAGCUAGGCCGCUCAGCAUGGAAAAUCACACAGAGCUGGUCCAUUGUGUAGUUCAACUAGCCCGUUCUUCUCCAGAGGAUCUGAUAGCCUUUCUGCACUCACAGCUGAAGAUUAAGAAUGAGGCUGUUUGUGUGACCUCUUUGAAGCUGCUCAGAGCUAUUGUUGAUGCUGACUUGCCCGAGACAAGACCGAAAAAGUGUCUGAUUGUGAAGGCAGUGAAAUCCACUUUCAGUGAUCAGAAUGCUACGGUGAGGAAGGCAGUUCUUCAUUUCAUCCAGAGGCUGCUCAGCUUACAAAGUGUGGAGAACUGUGCAGCUUGGGAUAUGGUAGCACAUGUUUUCACGGAGUUCAGUGUGUCCACCAGCAAACUGGCUAUUCCGGAAGAAAACACAAUCCAAACCCUGUGCACUGACAUCCUGCAAUGUCUGGACACCUCGGUCACUGGAAUGACCCAAGUGUUAUGGCCAAGGCUUCUCGAAUAUGUGGUGCCAGUUCAGUACACUGGUACUUUGAAGCCUCUCUGCAGAUGCCUUAGGGAGCUGGCUGAGAAAAAGCAGCAGGAAGAAGAAGAAGCUGCUUGCCUUGACUACGGUGGACCAGGUUUAUAACAGAAACUCUUUCAUUUAUGCUCUCCAGGCACACUACGCAAUGAACAGGUUCAGUCUGCUCCAGUUCUCUCAUCUGCAAUGAGAAGGCUAAAAUGAGGGAUGGUCUUGUGAUUACAACAUGGCCAUGGGAUGGAGCUAGGAAAUGUGGGUUCUGUUCCCAGCUUGCCACCAAAAUUCUGAUGUGA